AUGGCAACAAGUGAAGACACAUGGUCUAAUGAGGAAGAAGCUUUGGCUGCUAAAAAUAUGGACGCCACUUUGAGUACCCUUAAAGAUGCGAUAGACAAGUUGUAUGGACCUCUGAAUCAUCCAAGACGAGUGGCACAAUUGUCUAAGUCGCAGAAGUUUCCUUAUGUUGGUAACUCGACGGUGAAGCGUAUAAUUAAAGAGAGUGAUAAUGUGGCAUGUGAUCAUCUUAAGCAUGUGCUUGACAAAAAAUUUCAUAGACUUAUGGAUUUUCUCGACCUCGAUAAGGAAGAAAGACAUAGCACUAGCAACGUAGCUGUGAGAUUUUAUUGGCAAAUAAUGGCUAAGAGAGAGCAUUGGCCACACUCAGAGUAUGGAUGGCUAAAAGACCAUCACAUAAGUGCUACAAUGUCUAUGUUCAGGAGAAGGUCUAUGCUUAAUCCUUGUCUGUAUCCUAAAGAGCGUAUAGCAUUCAUAGAUCAAGACUUUCUCAGGACUUUGGUGAAUGAUUUCAAGCAGUUCGAUAUGGCUCCAAAAAAUUUCUUGUUUAAUAAAUCUUAUUUGGAGCACGUAAACGGUACAGCCCCAACUGAGACAGCGACAAAAAAGGUAUGGUGGAUUGAUGUUGAUCACUUGUAUGGUUGUCUGUUUGUCAAUGGAAACCAUUGGGUGGCUCUGCAUAUUGACUUACCGCAGGGGAAGAUUAAUGUCUAUGAUAGCAUCCCAAGCACGGUGAGUGACAGUAAUAUGGCUCUUGAGUGUUUGUCUCUCAAGCGAAUGAUCCCAGCAUUGUUAAACGUUGCUAUUCCUGAGAAACAUCGUAAGAAGAGUAGACAAAUGUUGGAAGUGAGAAGAGUGAAGAGGAAUGUCCCUUUGAAUGAAAAUCAUGGUGAUUGUGGUAUGUACUCUCUAAAGUACAUUGAAUGUUUAGUUCUUAAUAAAACAUUCGUUGGGGUUUGUGACGAGAACAUGGCGUCUCUCCGGAUAAAGCUUGCAGUGGAGUUAUAUGACGACGUGAGAGACCUAGCCAUAACACCGCAAAUGGUUGAUGGAUAUCCUCGAGCUAAAGACCUUGUAAUCCCACACCUUGAUGAUUCGUAG